ACAACAAAGCAAGAGCACCGGAAAGAAACUCAUCCACAAAGCCCACGCUUUGCACCUCCUGGAAGAUCUUCACCAUGAGACAGUCACUCAUGUCUGUCUUCUUUGCCGCAGCACUCUUAAUCGAGUGCCAUGCACUUUCAGUGGCGUUACCCAUGGGCAAGACUGAUGACGGCUCCUUGGAGCAGGAUGCUUUCACCUCGCUGCUGACUGACGAGGUGGCAGAAAACAGCCUCACUGACGCAGAUCUGGCUGCGACAGGCAGAACCAGAGGGCCGAGGGUAAUCGUUGUUGCCGAUCCCAGUCUGUGGAGGGACCUGCGGGUGCUGCACAACGGACUGUCCCUCUACAAGCGCAGAGCUGAUGACAGCAGCCAGGUCAUUGAGCACAGAGACGCCGGCCAGGACCUGACCAUCCCCAUCCUGAGGAGGGACACAAUGAGGUGCAUGGUGGGACGGGUGUACAGGCCAUGCUGGGAAGUCUAGGACUGUUUGCUCUUCUCGUCAAGGCGCCAAAACAGAGGACCGCUGCCACAGCCUUUCCUGCCUCACACUGCCUUAGU